AUGAAGCUCAUCAUUACUCAUGGUUUCCUUAUUUUGAUUCUCCUCUUUAGUCUUCUCCUAAUAAACAUUGAAGCAAAUCCCACUGUAGAGGAAGAUAAAGAUGAUCAUCAAGAAGUCGCUCUCGAUGACUCUCUGGGCUCUUCAGACAAUGAAACUGAAUCAAACUCCUCAUUCUUGAACAUAAAUGACCGCUCUCUCAGGCAAAAGAUGAGAACGCAUAGGGGGCAGUUGACCUGUAACAAAUUCCCCGGGAUAUGUUAUACUAGGGGAAGCCCAGGACCUCAUUGCUGCAAGAAGAAGUGUGUUAAUGUUUUAACGGACAAGCUUAACUGUGGGAAAUGUGGGAAGAAAUGCAAGUACAGUGAGGUUUGUUGCAAAGGAAAAUGUGUGAAUCCAUCUUUCAACAGAAGUCACUGUGGCGGAUGCAACAAUAGGUGCGAAGCUGGUGGCUUUUGUGCAUUCGGCCUAUGCAACUACGCAUAA